CUAGAGAACGCAUCUCUUAAUACAAAAGACCCCGCAACUGAACGACUGUACGACUACGUUCAAGAAACUUUUCCAAGACCUAACCAACACUUAGCCGCAACUUUAGCCGCUCCAAUGGACACCACCGUUCAACCCGUAAAUAAUUUGGAAUCUGCAUUCGAAAGGCUAUGCCUUGCUUCGUACGCUAACAAACUUCCCACCUUUUCCGGAGAAAGAAUGGGAGCGGGAUUUAUGGAUUUCUUGGAUAAGUUCAAUGAAAUAGGUAAUAUAAUGGGACUUAACGAAUCAAAAAUGGUUCGCCUCCUUCCAGCCCACCUCAGUGGAACUGCGAAGGCAGUUUUUGAAAAUCUGACCGACGAAGAUAAAUUAGAUUGGCGAAAGGCGGUUACCAAACUUAAGGAUCAUUUUUCCACCGAUCAAUUCUUAGACAUGGCUCGAGAAAAAAUCAUGAACAUGCGCAUGGAUGCAGGAGAAUCUCCUGUAGUCUUUUCCAACAGGAUUAGAAAAGAAAUCAUGGACGCCUAUCCCAACAAUAACCUCAUAGAACAGCGCAAGUUCCUUCAGCACAUGGUAUUCUCUAAUGGCCUACCUUAUAAAAUUAAGGAAAAGCUUAAACUUCUCGGUCCCUUAUCUAACAACUAUGAGUCACUUCUACGGGAUGCGGAAAGAAUGCAUGAUAUUACUAGAACAAAUUCUCUUCCAGAAGGAGAUAUGCUGAUAGCGAAAAUCGAUAGAGCUAUCGACGAAAUAGUUUCCAAACGAGUGCCUACAGCCUCACAUUUUCGUAAACCACUGCGCAACUAUAACCCUAAUUACGCGCCUAAACAAUAUAACAACCUAAUAACUAUCAAAACAAUAAUCAAAAUAACCCGCGCUUUAGAAGUCCAUCACGUAAUAGGAGAACAAUCUCCUUAUUUUCAAGGAACACAAAAUCGCUCAAAUAAUUCGAGCUACAAUAGAAACCAAGGACGUUCAUAUGAACGUCCCAAUUCACCAUUUCGCCAACAAAAUUCUUCAUUUCGUCAGCAAAACUCUCCUUAUCGACAACAAAAUUCUUCGUUUAAUCAACCAAACUUUUCGAAUCGUAGGACAAAUUCUCCUUUUCGUCGCCAACAAAACGCUCCGUUUCGCCAGCAACAUUCUAGAUCUCGCUAUCCAGUGAAUUCAAUAAUUCCUGGUAGUCCAAAAACACUUUUCAAUCCCAUGACAUCCUUGUUCGUUAUUGCCAUUAUAAGUAUGUUCAUAACUCCUACUUCGGCAUUUUCUCUUAAGUAUCAGGUUUGUGCAGCAGGAAAAUCAGGCUGGCCAAUUGCCUUCCCUGAUCCUGUGCAAUGCACAAGUUCUCCGAACUCAUCGGAAGUUUUGAUUACUGGAGCUGAACUUUAUGUUGAAAGAACAGAACCACUGUUAUUAUCGGCAUACCACUGCUUCAAUAAAACUAGGAGGAUAUGUGCAUCCUCAUAUUUACAUUCAAUAGUGACGAAGAAUUUAUGA